AUGAGCUUCAGAUUCCUCGCCAGAUCCGCCAGACCUCUCUCGCAAGCCGUCGAGAGCAGAGUACCAUUCUCAUUCAGAGCUGUCCAGCAAGGCCGCGCCCUCGCCGCCGUGAGAAGCUACUCGACCACUCCCGAGACUGGCGCCAAGGAGAACGAUGUCGCAGCUGAGAACGCAGACAAGGCUGCCGAAGCCACCAAGGAGGACCCUGCCCUGAAGGAGCUCGAGGCCAAGAAGAAGGAGGUCGCCGAUGUCACGUGGAAGCGCCAGAUCGCCGAAUACCGCAACUUGCAAGAGCAGACUAAGCGCGAGGUUCGCGCAGCCAAGGACUUUGCCCUCCAGAGUUUCUCCAGAGACCUUCUCGACAGCAUUGACAACCUCGACCGCGCCCUUUCCGUUGUGCCCAAGGAGAAGCUUGACGGCAGCAACAAGGACCUCGCAGACCUCCAUUCUGGUCUUAAGAUGACCGAGACCAUUCUCAUGAACACACUCAAGAAGCACGGCCUCGAGAGAUUCGACCCCAGCGCCGAGAGCGACAAGUUCGACCCCAACAUGCACGAGGCCACUUUCCAGACACCCCAGCCCGACAAGCAGGACGGCACCGUCUUCUUCUGCCAGUCCAAGGGCUUCAAGCUCAACGGCAGAGUCAUCAGAGUCGGUGUUGUCAGAAACUCAUGA